AUGCUCGAACCUGGAAAACUGCUUGGUGGUGAUGUUGACUCUGCACCUAGUGCAAGUGAGCCUGCAUCUGACGCUGAUUGUGGGGAUAACAGGUGGCCUGAGUUGUUGGUAGGCGCCAAUGCUGUAGCAGUGGAACAUGCGGCUUCUGACGCUGAAAGAGAUGUGUCAUACUCACCUAGCAUGGAUGACGCUGUGCUUGAUGGUGGCCUGGCUAAGGGUUAUGACUCUGGUAAGGCCGUGGAUCGGUCAUGGCAGCAACUGGAUGCAAAACCUUUACAACAAUUUUGGGAACAAGGUUUUUGGGGUGAGAUUUUUGGGAACAGUGCAUCAGCUUCGGUGUCUUCGUUAACCAAUGUGUUGGGCUUACACAGACCGGCCGUGGUGCAGGGAACUUCAGGUGAAGAAGUUCCAAUGACAACUGAUGAUGCCAUAGCUGCCCAGUACAAGCGGCUCAAACACGCGACCUACAUGGAUGUGGUUUCCAAGUGUUCCAUCAAGUCGUGGCAGGAGCAGCGUGACAGUACCUGGGAGACGGCAAUCCGCAGGUGGCACAGCAGUAUCAUGUCAUGGUCUGGAGAUGAUGCCAUCAUCAGUUUGAUUCAGGGCAAAUCUGAGUUCAAAGCUCAAUGUCAGAUUGUGGUUGACAUACUCUACAACAAGGCUCCCAGUACCCUUCUGAAGCGGUGCAACAGCCUGGGAAGGUUGGUGAACGACCUCCACAAACAGGGUUGUAAUUUUCCUUGCACUGAAGAUGAGCUGUAUGGUCAUUUAACACGGCAGAGGGAAGCGGGAGCACCACCAUCUAGGUUGAAGUCCCUCCUGGAGGCCAUCACAUUUGUGCGCCAUAUUUUUGGGGUGACUGCACUGGAGCACUGUGUUAAAAGCAGGCGAUGCAUGGGGGUUGCCACUCCCAAGGAACUGGAGAUCACAAAGCAAGCGCCACCGCUUAGGGUGGAGCAUUUGAAAGCUUUGCAUCACGUCAUGGAGAAUGAGGAGGACCCCUGGAAUGUAGCAUUUACUGGCAUGGUGCUUUUCUGUGUUUAUGGCAGAGCCCGUUGGGGAGAUGCCCAGCAUUCAACUCGCGUGGAGUGGGACAUGGACUCAGAAGGCAAUUUGUGUUUUGUUGAAUGUGCAACAGCUGUUCAUAAGACAUGUCGUGCACUCAACAUGAAGCAUUCAUUUUUGCCGUUGACUGCUCCUGGUUUGGGCAUCAGUGCAAACAACUGGGCGACUUCAUGGAGGCGUGCUAGGCUGGAGUUAGGCAUUGAGAAUUUGAGUGAGUAUCCAUUGAUGCCUGCACCUGAUGAGUUAGGGCACCCUACAAUUAGGCCGCUCAGUUCCAAUGAGGCUGGUGGAUGGCUGAAGUUGCUACUCAGGCAGAAGGUCGAUGUGUUGGGAGUGUCGGAACCUUUGCAUUACACUUCACACUCAUUUAAGGCCACCACACUGUCUUACCUGGCUAAGUAUGGUUGCAGUUUCGAGGACCGUCUGGCACUUGGAUAUCAUGUUGAUCAGUUGCGCAUGGCUUUACGGUACAGCAGGGAUGGUGCUUCAAGACCGUUACGGGUUUUGGAAACAUGUUUGGCUGACAUACGGAGUGGCAGAUUCCUGCCAGAUGAGACUCGGUCUGGCCGUUUUGUGGGGGCCUUGGAGACGACGCACAUUGACAAGUCUGGCAGCCGGCAUGUUGAGUUAGAGGUGAAACAAGAAACAGUUCUGCCUGUUGCAGGUGUUUUUCCGGCAGGGGAAGUUGUGGAAGUUUUUUCUGACCAUGCUACGACUUGCAGUGAUAGCAGCAGUGGUGAUGAUGCAGUGGUGAAGAUCACCGAGAAGUAUCAGCAGGGCGGAGUGGAUGUGAGGUUGAUUCAGCAGCAAGGCCGUUUGACGGGAGUAAGUAUUACUGGUGAGUUGCAGCCGAGUUAUGCUCUGGUGGACUUGGCGGCAUCUAUGUUAGAAAGCAACGCUGUCAUAUGGAUCCCUCCAUCGAAGUGCUCAAAGCGUGAGACAGAGAUUCAGUUAUUGGCAACAAAGGAGAAAUCGCCGGUGAUUGCAGUAGAACAACAUACACUCAAAAUAACGGCUGCUGAGGAGGCCAUCAAGGUUGACCAUAGCACUGAGUUACAGUUGCAGUGGGCGUUGCAAAGACGGGGCAUAGCCCUGGAUCAAUGUGGGCUGAUUGACUGGGAAACACAUCAGCGUUGGUUGCAAUACCUUUUGAGCCUUCUGACGAAAGCAGUGCCAGAUGGGUACAGCCGCAUCAGGACAGACCAAUUGCUGAAAGCAGAUCGUGAAUUGUUUCUGGUGAUGGCGCAGGACUUGCAACAGACUGGGGAGAGGUUAAGCGAGACUCCUUCUCCUAUGAAUGUGGCUAUGCCGAGGCUCAUGACCGACCCCCGCAUCACGAUGCACCUAUUGCCUUUGCCCAACAAUGCGUCCAGAUCUUCCAGCACACCAGCUCCCACAGUGCACUUGGAGGCACGAGAGCAGUCAAACAAAUUUGCAGGGAAAUCGUUGUCCAACAUCCUCAUGGUUGAGUUGUAUGCUGGUUCGGCACGGCUGUCGAAAGCAUGUCAGCAGGGAGAAUUUGGAGAUGGAACCGGCGGAACUUGCACUGAUAAGGUGUUGUUAAAGGAUAAGAAGUUAUUGUUGCUGCAGGAGAUGUUGGAGGAGUUACAAUACCCUGAUAAGACUUUGGUGCAGGACAUAGAAAGAGUUUUGCAGGCGCCUCCUUUGAAGUUGACCCCCACAUCCUUGCUCGCUUGGAUAGUGUUCACAGAUGGAGCCUGUGAAGGCCCCGAAGGAGCUAAGAAAGGAGCGUGCAAAGUGGCCAUUGACUGGAUGGCAAUCAGGGAGACGUUGGCAGCUGUUUUCCAGAAAUGGGGGAAGGCACGGCAGCAGACCUAG